UCCCAGCCGAGCUGACGACAAUGGCGUCGUAGCGAGCAACCUAGCACCAAGGCCCACAGCUAGCUAGCUAGCACAUUGCUGCUACUACCCACCGCCACCCUCUCCUCUGGGCAUGGCGGCGUCGCCGCCGGUGGAGGUCGGCGCGCGGGGCACCAUCGGCUCGCUGGUGUGCCGCGAGAUCGAGUACUUCAGGAGGGUGGAUCAGGUCGGCGUCGUCAGCCACGGCCACGGCAAGAUCAGGAGCAGCAGCAGCAGUAACAGCAGCAAGCAGGCUCGGCGCCAGCGUCAUGGGGAGCCCCAGGAGCAAGGUCCGGUCGCCGUGGAAGAAGGGGGGCGCCGGCGGCGGGCCUACUUCUUGCCUAGCAUCUGCUCGUCGGCGGAGGUGGCGGAGGCCGCCGGCGCCGCCAGGGUCAGGUACCGGCAUCUGGGCCAAGACGACGGCGACUCUCUUCCUCAAUAAAAAUACGCGUUACGGAGUAGUAGUAUUUUCGUGCAGACAUUCGCAUCGGAUCAGAUCUGGAGAAGAGCAGAAUAUAUGUCAGGGUACUGAUGCAUCAACCAUGUUUCAUCCUGGUCUCUCUCAUCCAUCUUUCGCCCUUCUUUGUUUCAUUUGUUCAGUGUCAAAACAGUGUAAUGACAUGACAUGUAGCGAGCAUUUUGGGAUUUGAUAUGAUGUGUUGAUCGGAAGGAACAUUAAUUUAUUGGUGACAAUGUGUGAAUUAACUGUGAUGUGGAUGUAUCUGGAUAUUUUCUCUAUC